CCCUGCAACAUCUGUAGCUCAGUUACCUUACCUCGUUCGCCGUUGAAGGUCCUAUAUUAAACACCCUCGCCCAUCGAACGCUCUACCCCACCCUACCCUCUCAAACACAAAUCCAAUGACGGAGAAAUCCAUGUAUUUGCCAGAUGAAUGCUGGGAAUUGAUUUUCAAUUCCUUUGACAAUGAUCGUCACUUCGAAUUCCCCUCUUUAGUCUGCCACCGAUUCCUCUCCAUCACCAAUCAGCUCCGCCGCACCCUCACCAUCACCAACCAAGUAGUUCAUUCGCUCCACGCCCUUCUCCGCAGAUUCCAGAAUCUCAAAGAAAUUGAGAUCCGCAAUUUCAUGGGUGACCUAGAUUCCCUCCUCUUCGAAAUCUCGCAAUUCAAUUUGGACCUCGAAUCGAUCGAUUUCUCGAAGCAUAAGCUGUUUCCCUGUCUGGGUCUGAGAGAGCUCGGACCCAAGAUGAGGAAUCUGAGGGUUUUGAAUUGCUCGAACGUUCGGUUCUUGCAAGAUAGCGAUGUCAUUUCGAUAGGGUUUGCGUUUCCGUUUCUCGAGGAGCUUGAUAUCAGUUAUCCUAAUUAUAGCGAUUCUUAUUGUCCAGAUGGAUUGUACUCGUCUCCCCGAUGUCUCUCAGAAUGUCACGUAACUGAUGCUGGGAUUGUUGAGUUGUCAUUGAAGCUACCGAAUUUGCGUAAGAUCAUUCUCUCUGGAAAUCGGUUUGUAACCGACAAAUCCCUUGCCUCGCUGUUGGUAAAUUGCUUGUUACUUGAAGAAAUUGGGGUUCGUGAUUGUGAUUUCAUAACCCAGAAGGGAAUUGGUACGGUUCUGCGUUUAUGCCCUAAUUUGAGUUCCCUUUCCUUGAAUAGAGUUACAGUUCCAUGUGCUGAUUCCUUGUUUGAAGAUUCAUUUGCCUUUGCCAAAAAUUUACGUGAGCUUGAUCUUUCACAUUCAUCUGCAAAUGAUAAAUUGCUAUGUGGGUUAGCAAAGGCAUAUCUUCCUUUGAAGAAACUCUCUUUCUCUUGUUGCCGCAACAUCUCAUGUGCAGGGACUUCAUUUGUUUUGUAUAAUUAUCGGUUCCUUGCAUAUUUGGAUCUUGAAGGAGUUAGAUUCCUCUCUGAUGAGAUCCUCUUGGGGUUAUCUAUGUUUCUACAGAAUUUGACAUUUAUAAACCUCAACUUUUGUUCUAAGUUAACCAAUUUAGCCUUCUUCACCAUCACAAGGAGCUGUCCUCUGUUGAGCGAUAUCAGAAUGGAAAGAACAAGUCUAGGAACUCAGGAUCUUCCAAUGGAUUUUGCGGUCAAUAACAAGGUUAAGUCCCUAUCCUUGUCUGCAAAUCCCAAUUUGGGUGAUGAAUGCCUCAAAAAGAUUGCAUUUACAUGCCCCAACUUACAAGUGCUUGAUGUUAGCCGCUGCCCGCGUAUUACAGAUGAAGGCAUAAGCGAGAUUUUGAGUAGUUGCUGUGAGAUUAGGCAUUUGGAGAUCAACCAUUGUAUAGGCAUAGGUAACUUCAUUAUUGACUGUCAACUUCCCUGUUUGGAGGUUUUGCGAGCUCAGGGACCUGUGAUUAAUGAUGGAGUAUUGGCACUGCUUGCAGAAAGAAGUCCGGGGCUUCUGCAUUUGGACUUGGAAUCUUGUGUAAAUGUGACAACUACUGGGAUCAAGAAAAUCGUAGCAAACUGCAUAAAACUGAGGGAGAUCAAUCUGAAGUGGUGCAAUAAUGUGAGCCUUGAUAUCGUAGCUUGGAUGGUGUUCUCAAGACCCUCGUUGAGGAGGAUAGUCCCACCGCGUGAUAUCGUUAGUUCAGAAAGCCGGAGGAACUUUUUUUUGCUCCAUGGAUGCUUUGUUGAUGACAGCGGUAGGAAGCCCCUAUAAUUCUUGAAGUACAUUGGGUUUUCCAGAUACUUUCUGUAAAAAAUUAUCUCAGAAAAUGGACUCUUUAGAUCAUAGAUAGUUAUUGUAGUGCCUUGUUUGAUGCUGUUUACUCUCCCCUUCGCCCCUUCUAUUUCAUGUAUCUGCUAAACCCCCUCUUCAUCAUCUUUAAAGAAGUGUAUAGGGAGCAAAACCCCGUGUUUUAGGCAGGUACUAUUCAAUCAUUAUUAU